AUGGUGCAAUGCGACGGGUGCGAUCGUUGGUUUCAUUUCGCGUGCGUCCAUGUCACGGGAGAAAUCGCCAACGUUAGCUGGGUGUGCCCAAUCUGCAAAGCAUCGUCGUUCAUUGUUCCACCCACGAACACCGUCCGUCCAGCUGAGCAGCAGGGGCAAAAGGCAUCUAACAACCCGUCGAUCCGAUCGAAGAGCAAAGCUAGUUCCCGAAGCGAAGCAAGAAGACUAAAGGAGCUCGAGAUGCAGAAGCUACAAGAUGAGUUCGAGUUGGAGAAGCGCUUCCUUGAGCGGAAGUAUAAGCUUCUGCAGGAAUACGGUAGCGAAACGUCGUCUGUUACUGAGGACACCGAGGAGAAUAAGCUGUCAAAAAUCGAAGAGUGGCUAGCCGAAACGGAACGCCAUGGUGAAGCUGAAGAUUCGGGAUUAGCAGCAGAAGCGGCAAACGAGCAAACUCCGAACCGUUCGGGCCAGCUCGAGGAGCACCAAGCUCUACACGUGCAGCGAAACUCUAAUUCAGUACUUCUCCAAACCAACCAACACGGUCGAAAUUCUUCAGAUGGUCUACACCUGCAACCAAUGUAUCAAUGCCAGUCUUCCGCUCCCCUACAGCACAGUAUUCGCAAUCGUCCUGCACAAAAGGUACGCUAUUCGGAUAGCGCACAACGACAGCUCCAAGAUUCACGAACGCAGAAUGAACGCUAUCAAUUCGAACGUAACCUGGUGCAGUCAACCUGCUUCCCGGACCGGAGGGCGGGAUCUUCUACGUUACCAGGAACUUAUAUUGGUCAACAUCCUAGAGAACCCCAACGGAGUGGACUACGUCCGCAUGACCUUAACAGGACAACAUUCUUGCCUACUCUGAACCGCGGGACUCUCAACGAAUUUGCUCCAGGACAAGGAUCAACACCGAUACGGUCAACCCAGCCCGAACACUACGCGCCAGCACUCCAGGACGAGACCAUUUGUAUUCUAAAUCGAAGCCAAAUUGCAGCCCGCCAGGCGGUUUCUAGGGAUCUACCAGAUUUCGACGGAGCGUUAGAGGAUUGGCCAUUAUUCUUUGCUAUGUUCAAUUCGUCUACCCAGAUGUGUGGCUUUACGAACGAGGAGAAUAUGAUACGUUUGCGAAAAUGUCUUAAAGGUAAAGCACUGGAAGCGGUUAAGUGUGAGUUGCUGCAUCCGUCCAACGUAGCCGACAUUUUGUCCACCUUGAGGAUGUUGUACGGGCGUCCAGAGGCAAUUAUUCAAUCAAUCAUUAGGAAGAUCAGACACUUGCCCCCACCGAACACGGAAAAGCUUGAAACGUUAGUUAAUUUCGCAUUGACGGUGAAGAAUAUGGUCGCAACAAUCCGAGCCUGUGAAGUUGACGACUAUAUCUUCAAUUCAUCCCUGCGCUACGAGUUAGUGGAACGUCUACCUUCGUCGCUUAAGCUGGACUGGGCGAGGUUUGCUAGAAAUUAUGCCGAUCCCAACCUGGGGGACUUCAGUGCUUGGCUAUACACCAUAGCGGAGGACGCAAGCACGGUGAUAGCCACGUCAGUUUCGGAUCAGCGAAGCCGAGGUAUCAAAAAAGACGGGUUUCUGAACUUCCAUUCCGAAUCUGAAUCGAACAACGAGAAACCGAUGGAACUACCCGGAAACCCGAUGGCGCCGAAAGACCCUGCCAAGGAACAGUGUCUAGUGUGUAAGGGAGACUGCACAGCUAUAGCAAAGUGUAGUAGGUUUGAAGAGCUAGGCUAUGACUCGAAAUGGGCAGUGGUGAAAGAGUGCAGACUCUGCAGAAAGUGUCUGCGAAAACACAACGGGUCAUGCAAACAACAACGUAAAUGUGAUAAGAAUGGAUGCACGUUGUUACAUCAUCCGUUACUCCACAAACCGGGAAUCCAAAACCCCGCAACUUCGGCUCCAAUCCUUACAGCUUCAGCGUUGGAACAAACCCAAUCGGAACCUAGCUGCAAUGUUCACCAAGGACAAGCCACUGUUUUGUUCCGCAUAAUUCCGGUCGUGCUGUAUGGCCCAAAGAAAAUAGUUCGCACAUACGCCUUCAUCGAUGAUGGCUCUGAGCUCACUCUUCUCGCCGAUGAGCUCGGAAUCGAUGGGCCAAGAAAAUCACUGUGUCUGAAGUGGACUGGUGGUACCCGUAAGGUCGAAAAUGAAUCCAAGCAAGUGAAUGUACAGAUCUCUGGAGUCAACUCCCCAACAAAGUUCGAUCUCUCGGAAAUAAACACGCUAUCAUCCCUUCAGAUUCGCCCACAGAGCUUGCCGCUCCCUGAUCUUCAGAGAAGGUUUCCGUAUCUAACUGGCUUGCCACUUGAGGAAUACCACAAUGUCAGCCCACGACUGUUGAUUGGUCUAGACUACGCUAGUCUUGGGCAAACCAUCAAGAGCCGAGAAGGAAAAUGGAACGAACCGAUUGCAGUCAAGACCCGUUUGGGAUGGAUGAUCUACGGCAACUGUGGAGGAAAAGCGGAUAGUGUUGGGUUUAUGAACUACCACAGUGUCCAGAAAUGCGAGUGCAAUCGAGAGUUUGACGAAAAUCUACACAAAGCGAUGAAGUCCUACUUUACGUUAGAUAGUAUGGGAAUCGUCGAGCCAAAUAAGAUUCUACUGUCUCAUGAGGAUCAACGAGCGCAAACACUACUAGAAACACUCACUCGUCCGAUGAACAACCGAUACGAGUCUGGUCUACUCUGGAAAUACGACCAUGUCCGACUUCCGGAUAGUAAGACGAUGGCUUUGAGGAGAUGGGAAUGUCUCGAAAAUCGAAUGAAAAAGGAUCCAACGCUUGCUGAAGCACUCAAACAGAAAAUCGAGGAACACACCAACAAAGGCUACAUACGGAAACUAACGCCAGCGGAGCUUCGGGAACAACACGAACGAAUUUGGUACCUUCCCAUUUUCGUAGUAGCAAACCCGAAUAAGCCGGGAAAGAUACGCCUAGUGUGGGAUGCAGCAGCAACGGCUCACGGCGUUUCCUUGAAUUCGGUUCUGUUGAAAGGACCCGAUCAGCUGUCAUCACUGCUAUCCAUACUGAUACGUUUUCGUGAGUUUCGGGUAGCGGUUUGCGGUGACAUUAAGGAGAUGUUCCACCAGGUACAAAUGCGGAACGAAGAUCAGCACUGCCAGCGGUUCCUUUGGCAGAAUAAUAGCGAAACUGAACCCAGUACCUACGUUGUACAAGUGAUGACCUUCGGAGCUUGCUGUUCCCCAAGCACAGCCCAACACGUCAAAAACAGCAAUGCAAAGCGUUUUGAACAGGACAGCCCCAAAGCAGCCGAUGCCAUUAUCAAAGGGCACUACGUGGACGACAUGCUCGUGAGCACAGAAACAGAAGAGGAAGCAGUAGAACUAGCACAAGAGGUGAAGAACAUUCACAUGCAUGGUGGAUUCGAAAUGCGUAACUGGAUCUCAAACUCCGCUACGGUUCAGGCUACGCUGAACGAGGAUAAGGCAGAGGAGAAAAAUUUGAACAUUGGUGAAGAAUCCACAACGGAAAAGGUGCUUGGAAUGUGGUGGAACACGACAUCCGAUCGCUUCACCUACAAAAUUUCCUCCCGUUUUGACGAGGAACUUCUCUCCGGCAAGCGACGUCCAACAAAACGUGAGGUACUACGGACACUCAUGAUGGUCUUCGAUCCUCUAGGAUUCAUCGCGCACCUUUUGAUGUUCCUCAAGGUGCUUCUGCAAGAGAUCUGGCGGACGCCAGUUGGCUGGGAUGAUCCCAUCGAAGAUGUUCAGUUUCACAAGUGGCUUACAUGGUUAGCAUUGUUUCCAAGCAUGGGAGUAGUCGAAAUUCCUCGAUGCUACCGCUCAUUAACGUCGGUGGAAGCUUAUGCGGAGAUGCACACGUUCGUGGAUGCCAGCGAGAGCGGAUUCGCAGCGGUAGUUUAUCUUCGGUACGAGGAGAAAGAGGUGAUCGAAUGUGCACUGGUGGGAGCAAAAACCAGAGUGGCUCCACUGAAGUUCUUAUCCAUUCCACGGUCUGAACUACAAGCGGCCCUUCUCGGCGCUCGUUUGGCGAAGACGAUCUUGGCAUCCCUAUCUACCAAAAUCAGUAAGCGAUACUUCUGGACGGAUUCGAAGGACGUACUUUGUUGGCUAAGAUCAGACCACCGCCGAUACAGCCAGUUUGUGGCCUUUCGGGUCAGUGAAGUGCUCGACUCAACAGAUGUUACUGAAUGGCGAUGGAUUCCCACGAAGCAGAACGUGGCCGAUGAGGGAACAAAAUGGGCACGGGCACCUGAUCUCUCCGCCGACAGCCGCUGGUUCCGAGGACCGGACUUUCUCUGGUCGGGCAAACACGACUGGCCCAUAUCUCCGAGCUUUCAAAACGUUACAAAUGAAGAGCUUCGGCCCCAUCUGCUAAUGCACGAAAAAUCCAAGGAGCCAGUAAUCAUUCCGCAAAACUUCUCCAAGUGGACACCACUACUUCGAACAACAGCAUACGUAUUUCGCUAUUUCGAUAACCUUCGACGGAGCACGAAAAAGGAAGAACGCGCCGAAGGAGCAUUAUCCCGUCAAGAAUUGACAAAGGCAGAGAACUCUUUGUUCCGACUGGCACAAACCGAUGAAUAUGCGGAAGAAAUCACCAGACUGUCCGUUAAACGUAACGACGAUCGAGAACUAAGACGAAUCAAUAGAAGUAACCCGCUUUUUCGUAAUGCCUUCAUCGAUGAAAACGAAGUAGUUCGAGUACAUGGUAGAACCAGAGCGUGCGAAUUCAUCGAUCGAGAUGCAGCUGAGCCUAUCAUUCUACCUCGUUGCCACCACGUGACAAAACUGCUGAUUCUAGACACUCAUGAGCGAUUCAACCACCAGAACCACGCCACUAUCAUCAACGAAAUCCUACAGCGAUACCGCAUUCCUCGGCUAAAGGUAACCUACCACAAGAUCCGACAGGACUGUCAAUACUGCAAAAUUCUGCUAGCCAAACCUAAACCACCGAUGAUGGCGGACCUUCCCAUAUCCCGUGUAGCAGCCUUUAGUCGUCCGUUCACCUACAUGGGGGUCGACUACUUUGGCCCGAUGUCGGUUUCAGUGGGACGCCGCAUUGAGAAACGCUGGGAUCGCGCACACAUUGACAACCGACUCAUGCGUCAUGGCAAUAAGGAGCAUCAUGGCUAG